AUGGAAGGAGCGUCCAAGCAGGGAGAGGAGCAUGCGUUGUCCCCGUUUGGCACGUCGGAGCCGGAGAGUCAGAGUCAGAGGCCACAGAAGAACAGCAAGCGUUGUAAAAUAAUCUCUGCGCUCAUCUUUUCCUCAGAUUCCUCAGGUGAACAGUGGCUUCGCCAAGAUGCAGCUAUGACAAGGGUAGAGCCACAGUGUCCACCAAGUUUCUCCAGGUCACCUCUCAUCCUGGUGUCCUUGGACGGCUUCCGUGCAAAGUAUCUAAAAGAUCAUGGCAGCCACCUACCCGUCAUCAGCAAGUUACGAGCUUUGGGUACAACCACUCCAAAUAUGAGAUCAGUGUAUCCAACAAAGACAUUCCCCAACCACUACUCUAUUGUCACUGGUCUUUACCCAGAGUCCCAUGGGAUAGUUGACAACAAGAUGUAUGACGUAACCCAGAAUGCAUUCUUCUCCUUGAAAACCGAAGAAAAAUACAACCCGAAAUGGUAUCAGGGAGAGCCGGUCUGGAUCACUGCCAUGCGUCACAAAUUAAGAACAGGAACAUUCUUCUGGCCCGGCUCAGAUGUCGCCAUCAAUGGUAGCUUCCCAGAUUUCUACAAAAUGUAUGAUAGAAGCAUCCCUUACGAAAUCAGAGUCUCGACGCUGUUUGACUGGCUGGAUUUAAGAGAAGGAGAACGACCUGACUUUUACACUUUGUACUUGGAGGAGCCCGACGCAUCAGGACAUCGUUAUGGCCCUGAAAGCAACGAGAUCGUCGAGGCCCUUAUAAAGGUGGACCGUAUUAUUGGAAAGAUCAUGGAUGGUCUGAAUGACAGGAACUUGCUGCACUGCGUCAACCUACUCAUAGUGUCGGAUCACGGUAUGGAAGAAGCAACAUGCGAAAGGGCAGAGUUUGUGUCUACGUACCAGAGCAACACUGAUGACUUCAAUGUCAUCCAAGGCCCGGCAGCUCGUAUCAGACCCAGCCGCCUGCCAGACGACUUCUUUUCCUUCGACUAUGAGGGAUUGGUGAAGAACCUGUCGUGCAGGACUCCAGAGCAGCCAAUGAAGGCGUUCCUUAAAGAGAAUCUCCCUAAACGCUUUCAUUUUGCCAACAAUGUGAGGAUAGAGAGAGGACACCUCUACAUGAAAGAAGGUUGGCAGGCAGCAUUAAACCGCAAGGAAGUCAAAUACUGUUCAGGAGGUUUCCAUGGCUCCGAUAACCUUUUCACCAACAUGCAGGCAAUCUUCAUCGGCUAUGGUCCUGGAUUUAAGAGUAACACAACUGUGCCGCCUUUUGAGAACAUUGAAUUAUAUAACCUCAUGUGUGAUCUUCUUGGCAUUCCUCCCGCUCCGAACAAUGGUACGCACGGAAGUCUGAACCACCUCCUGAAGCAUCCCGUCCACCUCCCUGUUCACCCUGCCCAGCUCUCCCAUGACACCCCGUGCGAGGCCAGUGACUCCCAUGCUACUCUCCACCUAAACUGCACAUGCAGAGCAAGGACAGAUUUAAAUGUCAGUACAGUGAAAGGCCAACUUGUUAAUUCUGUCAAAUCUAGCUUACGUCGCCUCCACCAUCCUUUCGGCGUUCCCAUCGUUGUACAGCCAGAUGUGACCUUUUGUUUGCUUCACCAGUCCAACUACAUCACAGGCUACAGUCAAAACCGUCACAUGGCUCUUUGGGUGUCAUAUACCAUCUCCAAUCCGGCCACAGUGGAACCCCUGGUUCCAUCUGUGGAGGCGUGUAUUCGUGCUGACGCCCGCAUACCACCGGCCACCAGCCAGAUGUGCAGCAGCGACAACACCCACGGCCUGCUGCAUCCCCCCAACCUGAGUGGCAAAAAAGAUGGUGCAGACUCACUCAUCACAAGCAACAUGGUGCCAAUGUUCCCUGCAUUUAAAGAUGUUUGGCACCAUUUCCAUGGUGUCCUGCUUUCAAGAUACUCAGAGGAGCUAAAUGGACUCAAUGUCAUGAGUGGUCCAAUAUUUGAUGAAGAUUACAAUGGAAAAGUUGAUACCUUCAAGCCCCUUGCACCGAAUGAGGCUGCCACACCGACGCAUUUUUUCAUCAUCCUGACCAGUUGUAAAAAUUCCACUUUCGGACCCACUAACUGCCAGGGUCCUCUUCUGGUCAGGUCUUUCAUCCUGCCAAACAGAGUGGAGUACACUGAGCAAUGCACUACCGGCUCAGAUUUAACGUGGAUGCUGGACUGGAUAAAACUCCACACAGCCCGUGUUCGUGACAUCGAACUCCUGACCGGAUUGAGCUUCUACCACGAUAGGUUGUCAGUGGACGAGACGCUACAGCUCAAAACGUUUUUAAAAUAG